AUGAACAAUGUUACGGGAGUCGAUGUGCCAAACAAUUUGGUUGCAGACUACGGGAGCGUGUACUUCGAUGGUCAUGGAGGCACACCUGAGGUCUCCGUAGCGGCUUACAGCGAUUGCCAGAGUUUACUGAAGGCAGGUUACAGCAUGAGCGGUAUCUAUACGAUAUUCCCUGCGGGAUUCGCAGAUGGUCUAAGGGUGUACUGCAACAUGGAGACAGACGGUGGAGGCUGGCUUGUCAUUCAGAGGCGUCAGGAUGGCAGUGUCAACUUCUACCGCGGCUGGGCUGACUACCGCGUGGGCUUUGGGGACUUGGCUGGUGAGUUUUGGCUCGGCAACGACAACUUGCGCACCUUGAGUAAUUCUACUGGAUCUUGGGACCUUCGAAUCGAUUUAGAGGACUGGGAUGGCAACACGGCCUGGGCCGAGUACGGAGAUUUCCGGAUCUUAGGAGAUGAUUACAGUCUGAGUUUUGAUUCGUACAAUGCGGACAGUACGGCUGGAGACUCACCGACAUUCCACAAUCAUUGGCCAUUUUCAACGAGGGACAACGACAAUGACUUGGUAUCGAUCAUUAACUGCGCAGAGGACGUGCAUGGAGCUUGGUGGUAUGUGGCGUGUUCUCAGUCAAACCUGAAUGCGGCUUAUAAAAAGCGACAGAGAACAAAUAUAGUGGCCAAAAAGGAGACCACUCUGGUGGAGAACCGACGAGUUGGAACUCUGAAGGACGGAGGUUCGACACCAGCCGUAACUGAACUAGAAUAA